CCGCCACUGACGACUACCGUCUACCAGUUACCAUCGCCGCAAUCAUAGCUGAAGGUUCGUGUUAUUUUUCUCGUUCGCUUGUUUUUCUUGUAAUUUUUUUUAAUUUUAUCAUCGUUUAAAUUUUUAUUGUGUGAAUGUGCGAUCCGACAUCUAGACGUAAGACACAAUUCAAAAUAUACAAUUACGAACCGUUUAAAUCGGUGGUCUAGUGAUUCUCGUUGGCACCCCGUAAGUGGCAUUAUUGUAUACGACUUACGUACCUCUAUUACCUAAAGUCAUAACAAUAUCUCGCGAGUCGCGAUUUCGUUUGACUUUCGUUAACCCUUGUUCUGUGAAACGUUCAGAUUUUUAUUUCAUUUGCGUUUUUGUUUACAAAAACCGUGUCGGUAGUGCUCUCGAAACGUCACGAUCAUUUGUGGUCUCGUACUUUACGACGAACUUUUUUUUUACGAUUCGUUAUUCGUCGGAUCUCUUGAUGACGCGUUCAUCCAUCUCCAGUGUACCCUGUCGGCUUCUAAAGUAUUAUUUGUCGACUUGCAACUACACCAGUCUCAUGUGAGUAACAGACAUGGAUGUCCCAAACAAUUUCAAGCCGUACCUCUGCAAAUUGGACGAUAAUGAUUGUGUUUCACUCGUGAAUAUAAUCAAAUCAUUUAAUACACCUGUUAGCGAGGAACAUGCAUGGGCCCUGUGCUAUCAGUGUGCCAAGUGUUUCAAGAAUGCUUUUGAACGUGAUCCAAACAGGUGUCGUGUGGUCAAGAAUCUAGAAGAAGUUCGUAUCCAUAAGGAUGGAUUCAUCCAUCCAAGUACCAUUUUGAACACUGAAGAAAAAGCUGAAUCUCAUGAAAAUAUUGAAAAACUUAGUAAUGAAAAUGAUAGUAAAACUAUACUUCAACAUCAUGUGAUUGCCAGUCUAGGAUAUAUUGUUUUUCAAGUACUUGAUUUUGGAAUUGAUGAAGAUGAAGAAAGGUCAUUAAAUCCUGAGUUGGAAUCAUUAAUUAAACGAAUGAUAGCUUCAUUUGAAUAUGGUUUGCAUGCUCAAUCUAUGGAUCAUGGACAAUCAGGUGAAACUGAUGAUGAAGGAAUUGAAAGAGAUUCUGCUGAAUGUGAAGAAAUAUCACGAAAUAAUUUUGCUACUUUUGAUGAUGUGUUAGAGGAAUGCAGCAGACAUAUUGGUGUGUCAGGAUUGGGUUCUGAAACUCAUUAUAAAGCUGUAUGCAGAGCAUUAGUGGCAGAGGCCUUAGAGCUUUCGUCAUUUUUAGAUAAAUUAUCUGAUGGAUCUGUCAGUUUAAGACACAGAAAUUCAACUUCAGCUGAAUUAAUUACAUUGGAUUACAGUGAUUGGCCCAACCGCAGAAAGUGGAGUAUUUUACAAGCACGUUUAUGGAUACAAUUAAUACGGGAACUACGACGUGGUGUACAAUUGAAAAAAGUUGACCAAAGGUCUCGUACUGGAGAUGAAUUUGUUGAAUAUGCAUUAACCCCCUAUGAAAUGUUAAUGGAUGACAUAAGGUCUAGAAGAUAUACAUUAAAAAGAGUUACCCCUCCAGAAAUUCCUGCCAGAAUUCAAAGAGAUGCUCACGAUGCAAUACUUGAAUUUAUUAGAUCAAGGCCGCCAUUAAAAAGUGCUGCUGCAAGAAAAUUAGCUCCUCGCCGACAAGAUAAACUGUCACCAAGGGAACAUUUAUUGGAGUGUAUAAAAAGCGGAAACGUCAAGUUGCGUUCUACUUCAUUAACCAAAAGUCCUUUCCGUAAUAUUAAAUCAUCAAGAUCAAUGUCAAGUCCUCCAAACUCUCGUAACAAUAAAUCAAAAAUUCACUAUGACAAUUCAUCUAUGAACAAUUCAGAAGAAGAAUAUAUGCCUAACCAAUCUAUCAAAAGUAUGCUAGAUACAAAUAAAGAACGCAAGCUUAUAAAAGUGGAUUUUUCUGCAUUAGCUCGUCUAGUAAGUUCUGAUUCUGAAGACGAUUUUGAUGACGAUGAAGAAAAUAACUCAUUCAAGACUACUACAGUGGAAAAAACAGAAGAAUCCACAUAUUUGGGCGUGGCCACUCAAGGAAGAGAAGAAAAACAUGGACUUCCUGACACAAAACCCAAUAAAAAUAUCCAUGCAAUUAGAAAACAACAGCGAAGGCACACAAUUGCAGAUCAAUCAUCUCUGCCUUUUAUCAAACCAAUGGAUGGAUUAUGGAAGCAAACUCGCAGACAAUCUAUGUUCAAAAACACUUUGCCUACUAGUGAUUGUUUAACCUUAACUCUGCAAGAGCUUAUACAUAUUCGUAGUGUACUUACCAAAGCAGAGAUAGAAAGUUUACCAGUUGAAGGAAAUUUCAAAGAAGAUGUUGAAAAUCGAAAAGUUUGCUUCUUAUGUAUGAAAACAAGAUUUGGCAUUUUUGGUCCAUGGGGACAGGAAUGCAAAAUGUGCCAACGUACAAUAUGUUCGAAAUGCUGUACCAAGAUGCGUAUGCCUACUGAUCAUUUGUCCCAAAUUCCGGUUGUAGCGCUCAGUCCAAAUGUAGCAAUAUCGGAACAAAAUCCUUGGUGGUCAAAAAGUAGUUGGGGCAGUGCUCCAUCUAGUCCUCAAAAAUCGUUGACAGUUGGUUGUCCCAAUAACAGUAUGUCUGCAAGUUACCAUGGUUCAUCUACAGUCACACAAAACAUCACUCGAACCAAAUAUAGUGCACAAAUGACUGUUUGCUUAGAUUGUAAGACAAUGGUACUGCAAGAAAUCAAAACAUCUAGAGUGAAUCGUUCAAAUUUACUUCGCCAUUUAACACUUGACGUGUCAUCUGUUUAUUAGUCAAUUGCACAUUAAUAUGUAUUCCUUUCUUAGUCACUUAACAUUCCAUUAUUGUUGGUUGAUUGCUAAAUAUUAUUUGCAAUUGUAGUAUUAAUUUACUUAGUGAAUAUUUACUAUAACUCAUGAUAUAACUACAAUGAACGCCUAAUUCAGUGACUAAGAGUCAUUUAUAUUUGAUAGUUGUAUUUAAUUAAUUGAAAUUAAAUUAAUAAACACCAUUGUAGCACAAAUGAAACAUAAAUAUAUAUAUAUAUAAUUUUUAAUUAUAAUGUAAAAAAAUAAUUGAUUAUGUAAAAUUCAUAAAUUAAUGUCUUUUAGAAUUAGUUAUAAUUUUGUUGAAAUUUAUUUUUUGAUAUUGCUACUGCAGUUCUGGAAUCUCAGUAGAUUUGUCUUUGAUUGUUUAGAUAUUCGUCUUAAAUGUUAAUUGCUAUAAUAUUGUAAAUGAUAAAAUCAAUGUUGAAAUUUAAAAUUUUAAACUUAUUAUGUAUUGCAAUAUAUUUUUUUGACAGUUAUUUUCUUUUGAAAUUAAUUAGAAAAUGCUAAAAUUUGAGGCAUCAAAAGGCAAAACCUCCUAUAUUCCUGACAGCCAACAUCCUCGUUUGUCCAAACUCCAAACAUUGAAAAUCAUAAGAACAGCAUAGGAUUGGCAAGAUAUCAGCUUACCUAGUUUUAGAAUGUCUAACGUUCGAUUACAGCUACAUCUACUGUACGGUUUAAAUAAUUUGAAUCAAUUAUAUUGUUUACCUAUGUUCA